CUACACAAAAAAAAGCUGAAGAAUGUCAAGAUUGUUUAACUACUACUAUAUAUGGCGAAACAUAUUUGGUCCCAGAAAAAGUUAAAGCCAGAGAAGAAUCAGAUUGGCCACGGAAUGGUUUGAUAGAACAACAAAUGAGAAAGGAUUUCGCACUAUGUUCAAGGAAUUUAUCGAUCAAUCGUAAAUCGAAUUUUUCGAAUUUUGAUGAUUUGGAUGAUUUCCCAAAGAAAGAAAAGAAGGGAAAUAAGAAUAAUAAAAAGCUAUCAAAAAAGCUUCAUAUCUUGUGGGCCGUACAAUCGAACUUUAAGAAAAUUAUAUGUCAAAGUCGUUGCCGUAAAGACGGUGUAUUUUUGGAGGUGGAGGAAAAAGUGGGAGAUAAAUUGGAAUAUUAUGAAAUUAUGUAUCAGCAAUAUUUUUUCAAUCGGCGUAAACAACCUUGA